CUAGCUUUUCUGAGCAUUUUAACCCACAUCAUAAUCUGCAACCAUGAAGUGGGUAACAUUAAUUUCAUUUAUUUUCCUCGUAAAUUCUGCCAGAUCCAGGAAUCUGCAAAGAGUUGCUCGAGGGGCAGAGCACAAGAGUGAGAUUGCCCAUCGCUACAAUGACUUGAAGGAAGAGACAUUUAAGGCAGUUUCCAUGAUCACAUUUGCUCAGUAUCUCCAGAGAUGUUCUUACGAGGGACUGUCUAAGCUGGUAAAGGAUGUUGUUGAUCUGGCACAGAAGUGUGUUGCCAAUGAGGAUGCUCCUGAGUGCACGAAAUCACUGCCCUCUAUUUUCCUGGAUGAAAUCUGCCAAAUGGAAAAGCUCCGUGACUCAUAUGGUGCAAUGGCUGACUGCUGUAGUAAGGCUGAUCCUGAAAGAAAUCAGUGCUUCCUGUCAUUUAAAGUUGCCCAGCCAGACUUCAUUCAGCCAUACCAGAGACCAGCUGCUGAUGUGAUAUGCAAGGAUUACCAGGACAACCGUGUGUCAUUCAUGGGACAUUUCAUCUAUUCUGUUGCAAGAAGAACCCCAUUCUUGUAUGCUCCAACAAUCCUUGGUCUGGCUGCUGAUUAUGAACAUGUACUUCAGAGCUGCUGCAAAGAGAGUGAUGUUGGUGCUUGCUUGGAUGAAAAGGCAGGUGCCAUAAAAGAAAAAGCCAAGAAAAUAAGCCUGAAGCAGCAGUAUUCUUGUGAAAUUCUCAACAAAUUUGGUGAGAGAACUUUCCAAGCAAAUAAACUUGCUCACCUGAGCCAGAAAUAUCCCAAGGCUCCGUUCUCAGAAAUUGUUAAAAUUCUACAGGACAUUAAGGGUGUCUACAAAGAGUGCUGUGAAGGGGACAUGAUAGAGUGCAUGGAUGACAGGGCAGAGCUUAUAACCUAUAUGUGCUCUAAACAAGAUGUUUUGUCAAGUAAAAUCAAAGACUGCUGUGCCAAGCCAGUUGUAGAGCGAAGCCAGUGCGUUAUUGAAGCAGAUUUUGAUGAGAAACCUGCAGAUCUUCCUUCACUAGUUGAAAAAUACAUCCAAGAUAAGGAAGUGUGCAAGAGCUUUGAGGCAGGCCACGAUGCAUUCUUGUCUGAGUUCAUUUAUGAAUAUGCACGGAGACACCCUGAGCUCUCCACACAGCUGAUUCUGAGAGUUGCUAAGGGAUAUGAAACACUCCUGGAAAAGUGCUGCAAGACAGACAACCCUGCCCAGUGCUAUGGAAAUGCUCAAGAGGAUUUGAACAAGCAUAUCAAAGAAACUCAGGAUGUUGUAAACACCAACUGUAACCUUCUUGCUACCCAUGGCGAGGCAGACUUUCUUAAAGCACUUCUCAUCCGCUACACGAAGAAAAUGCCUCAAGUAUCAACUGACACCUUGCUUGAAAUUGGAAAGAAAAUGACAGCUGUUGGUAGUAAGUGCUGCAAGCUUCCUGAGAACAAACGCCUGCCUUGCUCUGAGGGAUAUCUGAGCAUUGUGAUUCAGGACAUGUGCAAGAGGCAGGAGACCACACCUGUAAAUGACAACGUUUCACACUGCUGCAGUGACUCUUACGCUUACAGGAGACCCUGUUUCACUGCCAUGGGAGUAGAUACCAAAUAUGUGCCUCCAGCAUUUAACCCUGAUAUGUUCAGCUUUGAUGAAAAAUUGUGCACUUAACGGGAACUAGGGCAGAUGAAAUUGCUUGUCAACCUCAUUAAACGCAAGCCCCAGAUGACAGAAGAACAAAUCAAGACAAUUGCUGAUGGUUUCACUGCCAUGGUGGACAAAUGCUGCAAGCAAUCAGAUAUUGAGACAUGCUUUGGGGAAGAGGGUGCAAACCUAAUAGUCCAGAGCAGAGCCACAUUAGGAAUUGGCGUUUAACACGUGGUUGCCAGUGGGGAAAAUAUGAAGAAAAAUACUUCUGUGCAACUUCUCCUGCCCAUUACCUUUUUUCCUUUGGUACUGAAUGAGUAUUUCAUGAAUCUUUAGCGUUUUGUCAAACCACAUGCUUUUCCAGAAACUUUUCAAUUCUAUCAC